AGCGAGAGGGAGCAGACGCACGGCUCCCGCUGGUCCUGCUCUCGCCGAGGCCGCUUUACGCGAUACGAACGCAAAUCGUACAAGUCGGGAGUGAAGUGUUUCCACUGGAUAACCCGAACCCCUGGAUAACGCGCAACGGACUGUGUGACCCGGCGGCGUGUCUGGAUUUUUCUCCGCCUGCCUUCCUUCAAUUUGGAUUUUUCGCGAAAAAGUUGGAUUUUCGCGCCGGACUUGUGAUUUUUUCAUCGUGUGACACUCACUGUGGAUUAAAGUGAUACCAGUGCUCCGAAAAAUGGAAUUAGUGCCCGGAUUAAGUGCUGUGGAUUUCUCCGAAAGUUUAUUUCGCAGAAAUUAAGUUUGUGGAUACUCGACAUGGUGAAAUGAAGAAAUUGUGCAUUCAGUUCUUAGACGAAAUUACCCGUCGUAACGGAUACACAAAGUGCUAAAAGUGCCAUGUAACGAGUACAAUCAAGUUUUCGUGUGCUUUAGUUUAUUUUUUUGAUUUUCAAUUUUUUUAAAUUUCCCCUUUUCCUCUCUUGUGACCAAAGAGUGCGAAAAGUGCGAGUGUUUGUGAAAGUAUCACGACCGGCAACGACUUUGUGAGUGAAAUGCAGCAGAGAGCGCUGUGUUCAUCAGUCUGACCGUCAAGAUGGGCUACGCUGGCUUCGCUAUGAGCGCGUGCAGCGCGUGCACACUGCUGGCCGGUGUCCUGCUCGUGCUGGCCGCCCGGCCCGGCCUGGCCCGCCUGGACACCCCCGACGACUGCGCCUGGGCCGCCGACAACUCGUCCAAGGGCGUGGUGUCGUGCCGCGUGCGCAAGCUGGACGGCGAGGCCACCAACCUGAGCGCGCUGCAGCCCGAGUCCACGUCGCGGCUGCACGUGCACUGCAGCGACGUGCUGCUCUUCGAGUCCUCCGUGCCGCCGCACUUCUUCCAGCGGCUCGGCCAGCUGGAGGAGCUCACGGUGGACAACUGCAAGAUUCUGGAACUCCCCGGCGAGGCGUUCGAAGGCCUGGUCGCGCUCAAGCACUUGUCCAUCUCGACCCACAACGUGGAGUGGGGCUCCGGCAAGACGCUGGAGCUGGACUCGGGCAGCUUGAGCGGGCUGCGCGAGCUGCAGGUGCUGGACUUGGUGCACAACAACAUCCGCCAGCUGCCCGACGACGCCUUCUGCUCCCUGGCCAACCUGCAGACGCUCAACUUGUCCAGGAACCACCUGACCGACGUCGACAAGCUGGGCUUCGCGGCGCGCCGCCUGGGCAACCCGGCCGUCGGCAACCUGGACUGCAACGGCGGCGCGGAGGUGCGCGCGCUGGACCUGUCCUUCAACCACAUCCCCGCCAUCGGCGACAACUCCGGGCUGUCGCGCCUGCGCCGGCUGCAGCACUUGCACCUGCAGCACAACGUCCUCACCAACAUCCACGGCGACGCGUUCAAGGGCCUGACCGCCCUCAAGGUGGUCAACAUGUCCUACAACCGCCUGUCGUCCAUCAACGAGGGCCUGUUCGCGUCGUCCCGCGAGCUGAGCGAGGUGUACCUGCAAAACAACUCCCUGCACGAGCUGCCCCGCGGCCUCUUCCACCGCCUGGAGCAGCUCAUCGUGCUGGACUUGUCGCGCAAUCAGCUGACCAGCGCCGCCGUCAACGAGAGCACCUUCGCCGGCCUCAUCCGCCUCAUCGUGCUCAACCUGGCGCACAACUCGCUGACCCGCCUCGACGACAAGGUGUUCAAGGAGCUGUACUUCCUGCAGAUCCUGGACCUGCGCAACAACUCCAUCAACCACAUCGCGGACAACACGUUCGUGUCGCUGUACAACUUGCACACGCUCAACCUGGCCGAGAACCGCCUGCACACCAUCACCGCGCAGAUGUUCAACGGCCUGUUCGUGCUGAGCAAGCUCACGCUCAACAACAACCUGGUCGUGAACAUCGACCCGGUCGCGUUCCGCAACUGUUCCGACCUCAAGGACUUGGACUUGAGUUCGAACGCGCUGACGGCGGUGCCGGAGGCCCUGCACGAGCUGUCCUUCCUCAAGACGCUCGACCUGGGCGAGAACCAGAUCACGUCCUUCAAGAACGGCUCGUUCCGCGGGCUGUCCCAGCUCAACGGGCUGCGCCUCAUCGACAACCAGAUCGGCAACCUGAGCAAGGGGAUGUUCUGGGACCUGGACAGCCUGCAGGUGCUCAACCUGGCCAAGAACAAGAUCCAGUCCAUCGAGAGGGGCACCUUCGACCGCAACCUGCAGAUCGAGGCCAUCCGCCUGGACGGCAACUACCUCACCGACAUCAACGGGGUGUUCUUGACCUUGGCCAGCUUGCUGUGGCUCAAUCUGAGUGAUAACCACCUCGUUUGGUUCGACUACGCGUUUGUGCCGCCCAACCUCAAGUGGCUGGACAUUCACGGCAACUACAUCGAGAAGCUGGGCAACUACUACGAGCUGCAGGACGAGCUGCACAUCAAGACCCUGGACGCGAGCCACAACCGCAUCAAGGAGAUCAGCCCCAUGGCCAUCCCCAACAGCGCCGAGCUCGUCUUCAUCAACAACAACCUCAUCAGCAAGGUGGCAGUGAGUACCUUCCUGGGCAAGACCAGCCUCGCGCGCGUGGACAUGUACUCCAACGAGCUGACCAAGCUGGACAUCAACGCCAUCCGCCUGUCGCCCUGGCCCGCCAACAAGACCCUCCCCGAGUUCUACCUGGGCGGCAACCCUUUCUUCUGCGACUGCUCCAUGGAGUGGCUGCAGAUGAUCAACAACAUGACCCACAUGCGCCAGCACCCGCGCGUCAUGGACCUGGACAACGUCAUGUGCCGCAUGCAGAACCUGCGCGGCCGGCAGCACAUCGCGGCCACGGAGGCGCGCGCCGCCAACUUCCUGUGCACCUACGAGACGCACUGCUUCGCGCUGUGCCACUGCUGCGACUUCGACGCGUGCGACUGCGAGAUGACCUGCCCGCAGAACUGCUCUUGCUACCACGACCAGGCCUGGACGACCAACGUGGUGGACUGCUCCCGCCAGGGCUCCGACCAGAUCCCCCGCCGCAUCCCCAUGGACGCCACCGAGGUCUACCUGGACGGCAACAACCUCAAGGAGCUCCAGAACCACGUGUUCAUCGGGCGCAAGAACAUGCGGGUCCUGUUCGUCAACUCCAGCCGCAUCGAGAGCAUUCAGAACCGCACGUUCAACGGGCUGAACGCGCUCGAAAUCCUGCACUUGGAGGACAACAUCCUGCACGAGCUCAAGGGCUACGAGUUCGAGCACCUGGCGCACCUCCGCGAGCUGUACCUGCAGAACAACGGCAUCACCCACAUCGGCAACCAGACCUUCAUGUCGCUGCGCUCGCUGGAGAUCCUGCGCCUGGACGGCAACCGCCUGCACAGCUUCCCCGUGUGGCAGCUGUCGCUCAACUCGUACCUCGUGGAGGUGUCCCUGGGCAACAACCACUGGUCCUGCCGCUGCAAGUACCUGCAGGAGCUGCAGGCCUGGGUGGGCGACAACGCCCAGAAGGUGAUCGACGCCACCGACAUCUACUGCUACGUCAACGACACCAAGCCGCCGCAGAAGCGCGAGGUGGACCUGAACAACACGGCCUGCAGCGACUACUACGCCGGCAGCUCCGUCAUCCAGAGCAUCAUGGUGUCCGACUACCUGCCCAUGAUGAUCAUCACCCUGACCGCCUUCUUGCUGCUCAUCGUGGCCAGCCUGGUCAUCUUCAUCUUCCGCGACCCCAUGCGCGUGUGGGUGUACUCCAAGUACGGCGUGCGCCUGUUCCACUUCAAGGCCGCGGCCGCGGGCAAGCUGGGCGGCGAGGACCGCGAGAAGCUGUACGACGGCUACGUCGUGUACUCCCCCAAGGACGAGGAGUUCGUCAUGCAGUCCAUCGUGGCGGAGCUGGAGCACGGCAACCCCAACUUCCAGCUGUGCCUGCACUACCGCGACCUGCCCCACCACUCGUACAUGCCCAACACCUCCCCCGUGGUGGUCGAGGCCGCCGAGGCCUCCAGGAGGGUCAUCGUGGUGCUGUCCAGGAACUUCCUCCAGACCGAGUGGUCCCGCUUCGACUUCCGCCAGGCCAUGCACGAGGCCCUCAAGGGCCGCGUCUUCAAGCUGGUCCUCGUCGAGGACGGCAGCUGCAUCCACGAGGCCGAGGUCGACCCCGACCUGAGGCCGUACCUCAAGACGGGCGCCAGGGUGCGCUGGGGCGAGAAGAGGUUCUGGGAGAGGCUGCGGUACGCCAUGCCCUCCGGGGACCCGCACCGCAAGAGCAACUCCAACUACAGGCGGAACAUCAACACCUACAGCUUGGAGUCGACGGGCGGGCCGCACCACGUCGUGAACCACCACGUGGUGAGCGACCACCACGGCUACACGCUGGAGAAGGCUGUGAAGCAGGCGCACCCCGCCAUGCACAUCAACAGCCACCCCUUGUUCCUGGCGGCCGCCGCCAACAACCACCACCACGACAACAACCUGGUGCCGCCCGCCUACUCGUCGGGCACCUUGACGAGCGGCCGGCACCACCCGCGGGCCGCGGACUGCGAGGACGCCAACUACUCCUCGGCGGCCACGGCCACGCCCUCGCCGCGGCCCAUGAACCGGCACCAGAACGGCUCGGCGCACCGGGAGCACCGGGAGCACCGGGACGCGCACCGAGACGGGCACCGGGAGUCGCCGACGCCCAACAACAGGCCGACGUCCGAGCACAUCUACUCGUCCAUCGACUCGGACUACCCCACCUUCGAGCGGGCCGGCUCGAGACGGCAGCCCAACGGCGCCCCCACUCCCCCCGGAGGGGCCGGGGGCCCCGUCCUGGGCGCGGCCCCCGCUGGGGGCGUCCCCCUCCCCGGAGUGCACCGGCCCCCAUGGCGGACCGCUGGAGCCAGUGUGUUGGAGAACGGGGGGGUGCAAGCCUACCUGGUUUGAUGGAUGUGAUAGUGACCAGUGAUAAUAAUUUCUAUUUGAAAUUUGUGUAAAGUGAAAAAAGUACUUCUUGUGAGAGUGUACAAAGUGAGUUCAAGUGUGUGAGUGGAGAGGGGAUUGCCAGUCGGACUAGCCACACCGCAGCUCCAUUCAAUUAAAGGUGAGAACUUUUCCCUUCUAAAAAAGUUCCUACUGCUUAAAAGGAAAGAACGAGUUCAGAAAACAAUUAUAUGCAGACUUCUGUGCCCAGCCAAUCAUCUGGUUGAGGCGUACAACUAGUUUAAAGUCAUUACGAGCUUCAACUCUUGUGUCUUUUGCUUUCUUAUGUGCGAAAAAAAUGCAUAAUCUGCUUAAUUUUUUUUAUUGAUCUAAUUCCCUUUUUAAAUUGUUUUGUAACCAAUUGUUUUUGCUUGCAAUUCCAAGUCUAUUCAUACUGUAUUGUAUACAGUCUGUUGUAUGAUUUUUAUUGGUAAUCAUGGUUUAUCAGGCGUUGUCCAUUGUCUACAGAUUUUAAUUUUAGACUGGAUGGAUUGGACAAAAAUAAGUACUGAUGUCCUCUAUCGUGUGCAUAAUUGCUCGACUGAAUGGUGCGCUUGUAAGAUAAAUCCCUGUAAAUAAUGUGUAAAUGCCUUGUACAUGCUGUACAUUUGUAUAGGAGCUCUCUAUGAAUUGUCGUAGACAAUGGACAACGCCUCGCCCUGUGUUUUUGUACCAAACUGUAGCGCGAGUUGGGCUGUACGUUGCGUUAUUUGGACUGACUGAUUUCGUUUUCCAAGCCAUGCCUACUUAGGAUGAUAAUCAGGCCAAUGAUAUGUUAUCGAACGAAAUGCAGCCAAACGUAUGUAGUCAGGUUAGUCAUUGGCCACGAACGCCUCUGUUGUUAGUUAAUUCCAUUUACCAAAGGAGCGGCCACGCAGAUUCCGCGUUUCGAUAUCACUUUGCCGCACGAUAACAAGCCUCUAAUUAACUUUCGAUUUCUCGAUUCUCGGAACGCGACUCUGCAUUUCCAUUUUUAUUAUUCGUUAAAUUGUCAAUUGCUAUUUUUUUAUUUUUUGUCAUUUGGGCGGCGCUUUGCUAAAGAGUCGGUUGCAAACAUGACGGCUGCAACUACAAAUACCAGAUAACAAUCUGGAUUGGAUCAAAAUUCAAAACAGUUGCGCGCGCGCCUUCAAUUUAAACGCGGGCAGAUACAGGGAGAGAGAGAGAGAGAGACUCGGGGAGAUGAAACGGGGAGAAAUAUAAAAAGGAAGAAUAUUAAGUCGAGAAUGAGGGCCGGAGAGGAAAAGAGAGAACAACAGUCCUCCCCGGCCAUCUCCAUGGUGCCCCGCGGCCCGGUCAGGUAGCAGUGUAGCAGCGUAGCAGCACUCAACCAAAUUAUUCGUUUCACAUCAACAGCAGCGGCCCGGCCGAGUUGAUGCGCCUUGCAGCGGCCGAGCCACGCCGAGCCGGGCCGAGCCGGGCCGAGCCGACGCAAUCAGAGCGAGUGUGCGAGAGAGAGCGCCGGUCGGGUGUCUCUCUCGCACACACACUCGGCCGGCUCGGCCAGUCCAUCCGGCCGCCCUAGCCACGCCUGAGGCCCUGAGGCACGCCAAAUGGAGUUUAUAGUUAAAGUUUUCGUCUUUCGUACCUGACCCAUUUAUCAUUACGUAUCGAGCGGGCAAUCCGGGCAUCGCCCCAUUGUUGUGUCAUCUUUUCACCCCCCGAGUCUCCCGAGUCUCUGAGGCGCUUUUCCGUAAAGGGGACAUUUCGGUGUCGGCUUGGCUCCGCCCAUUGUGGUCAGCGACUUCGCCAGCUGACCCGUUCCGAGAAUCGAGCGGCUGCGUUCCGAGUAGCCCUGUCUCUGUCGCACCCCAAUGCAUUUUGAAUGGGUGCGAGGGAGACAGAACGCUGCUCCCGGACGCAACCUGUCUGGUACCCAUUCUGUUUUACUUUGUGGCUGCUUCUUGAAAUACGUUGUGUUGACACAUGUGAUAUGCGGUUCCCGUUCAAAGUAAUGCUUUUGAUAUCACAAAGCUGAUAUCGGCUGCAUAUAUUUUAGGGUGGACAUCUUAAUGUUUCGAAAUUCUGGCAGAGGCGUUCGGACGGAGGGUCGUUAUGUUGCCAAACAGAAUUUACUUCUGUAUGUUUGUGAUCUAGUUUAUAAUGUUUAUGAGUCUCCAAGUGGCUCGUUUUGUUUUGUUUGUAAGUGUUUUUGCUGCAUUUCUACUUGUUUUCAGUUUUGGCACGUUUGCUUCCAAAUUCCCUCUUUACUUUGAUAUUUGUUUGGUUCUCGUACCAAGUCUAUGCCGAGCCAAAAGGACUUAAAAAGAAAGAGACUUAGGCCCUGUGCCGUUCAAAGAUUGACAUCAAUUUGUAAUAUGUUCUCAUUUUUGGCACUAAAUUUUGUUUAAAAGUCAUUGCACUGAUGUUAACUACUGUUAAAAUGAGUGAGGAAGGUAGCACUCGUGGAUCAUCUCUAUGAUUCACUGCAAUUGAUCUAGCCAUAAACGCUUUUUUGUGUUAAAAUGUCGUUGGGUGGAUGACACAGCCACCUAGUUAUGUCUAGCAUCGUACAAAUGUAUCUUGUGUUCACCCAUGAGUUAGCUUGACUAGGCGGAUUUUAGUCCUUCAUGAGAUUGUGAAGUUGUUUUCAUUGUUAAAAUUCUGUGCAUCCGUUCAUGACAUAACAGCUAUCUGUGAUACCUAGUACUAGUAUUUAUUAUUGAAAAUGAUUUGUUUCUAUUGUAUUUAGUGUACAUUUUUGUAAAAACAAAUAUUAUGAUAUGCAAGCUAUGGUUAAGAGUCUGGAUCCUAAUUUUUGUAACAUGUACCACAGAGGAUUUAAUAAAAUGCCGAGUGUUCACAUUUUGAAA